AUGAGUUAUUUCUCUCUAUCUAGCAGAUUGACAUUCUUGUUAAUUUAGCUUAAAAGCCAGGCCCUAAUUACAUCAGACCAAUAUUCCCAACUUUGCGACCAUGCUGCUAAGGAUGAUCCACAAUUGAAGCAGUUGAUUGUUUCCUACGAGAAUGGUUUACCAUAAAGUGAGUUUAUUGCUCAAAUGUCAAAAAUGCUGGAUACUCAAAAUGGUAAUGAUAACAUCAUCAAAUCCUACUUUAACUCCAUAGUCAAUAUUGGCAAAUCGCUCAAGAGUAAAAUUAAGUAGUUUUAUGGAGACAUUAAGCAAGAUAUCAACGAAAUCUAUCAAGAGUGCUUCAUAGCACAGAAUCAUCAGCAGCAAAUAAAGAGUCUCAUUCGAUUAAUACUUAAGCAUUUUAACAUUAAUGAAUUUACUUUACUACAAUUUAUGUAGAAUGAGCAAUGUUAAAUUCUUACAAAUAAUUUUGAAUCAAUUACAAUUAAAGAAGUCCAGAAUAUACAAUAGUUUAUUCAAGCACAAUUACAUAAUUAAAUCCUCGAGACUUCAAAAGAAUUAGUAACAUUAUUAAAAACAGAUUAAUUACCUUAAUUUUAUAUAAUAGCAAAUAAUGGUAUAAUUUUUUUUACCUUUAAUGAAAAUAUCAAUAGCACCUUUAAAUCGUACUUCAUGAUUGCUUCUCUUUACAACCAAAUCAUUUCAAUUAUCAAAUAAGGAUCUCAAAUAACUGCAUUAAAAAAAUUAUAGACUAUUAGAAUGGAAAUCUUAUAAUUUGUAUCAAGAACUAUAUAGAUUUUAAAUUACAAACUACUCUUCAGCAUAUUGAUUUAAAUAAUGAAGUAGUUUAGUUUGCAAAGUUUGGUUAGCCAAAGUGAUCUAUAAGAAUUGUUGUAAUAAAAUGUAAAGAAUUAUCUAAUGCUAAAUUUUUAAAGCGAGUGGGAUGUUGCGUAUAUUGAUUUGGAAGGCAAUCUUUCCACUUAAUUGAAGGAAAAAGUGCAGAGCACUUUUAGAAAGAGCAUCAAAAGAUAUAGUAAGAAGUUAAAAUAGAAAAAGUAUUUAUUAGAAUCAUUCUAAUAAGUUACUUAGCAUAAUGAAAUGAUUAUGUGUUUAUUCUUUAACAGUUACUUGUUUGUGUACUACAUGACUGUUUAAUGGAAUCAUGAUUAAUUUGUGUCUCGAUUCAAACUACCCAAAGAAAUCAAUUUUGGAGAUCCACUCUAUAAGAUCUUUGAAAAAAACCCAAUUGUAAUAGCAAAAGUAAAAGAAUUAAUUGAAUCUAAAAAUGAUCAUUUGGAAUUUAACGAUGGCUACUAUAAAUUUUCUUUGAAAGUCGAAAGAGGAACCAAAUAGGAUGUUAAAUAAAUUUCUGUCUAUUUAUUCAACAUGCAAUUGAAAAGACCUCUCUACGAAUUAUUAUAAAUCUUUCGAAACAAAGUUAAAAUAUUAUUGACACUAAAGAGGGCAACAUUGGCAUUUAAAUCAAAGCAACUUGUGAUGGAAAAUCAAUUCUUUAGAGAAUCAGCUUUGGUGAUGUAUUUGCCAGAUCAAGAUAUGAGGAGAAUAAAUGCGAUCUAUAACUAAAGUCAUGAAUAAGCACUAGAGAAAUAUAGAGCAUAUACAAUGAAAAAGAAAUCAAAAAAAUUGGAAUAGUUCUUAUCUAAAUAUGAGGAGGAGGACAAGAAUACUCCAGAUGAUCGAAAAAUAGCAAUAGAUCCUAAUUUAUAGGAAAGAUUACUAGAUUACGAGUUUAAUCUAUUGAACAAGAAAUUGUAUAAGAAUAAGUUUAUGAUUGUGUAUAACAUCUUUGAUAUGCUUGAAUACACCAAAUAAUAUACAUUAAAAAAUAAGGAACUCGUCAAUUUUUUAACUGCCUUGAAAUACAAGUAUAAUAAGUCAGCAAAUCCAUUUCAUAAUUUUACUCAUGGAGUCAAUGUAAUGCAUGGAUGUUUUCUUUUUGCUCAUCAUUCAAAAUUUGGUUCAUGUUUUAAUGAUUAAUAGAGAUUUGCUAUGACAUUGGCAGGUUUAUGUCAUGAUGUUGGACAUCCUGGGACAAAUAAUUUAUUUUAAGUGAAUGCUUAGACUAAAUUGGCUUUGUUAUACAAUGAUAAAUCCGUUUUAGAGAAUCAUCAUAUAGCAGUCACCUAUAAAUUGCUGGCAUUGAAACAAUGUGAUUUUUUGGGAUCAAUCCCAAGAGCAGACAAAAUAAUGAUCAGAAAAUACAUUGUGAAUAAUGUGUUAGCCACCGAUAAUUAAUUCCAUUUUAAACUGCUCAAUGAUAUCGAAAUUAAAUUUGUAUCUUUAGAAGUUAUAUAAUAACUAGAAUCUGAUGAUAACAAGCUUCUUCUGAGUGGGUUCUUGACUCAUGCCGCUGACUUUUUCGGAGCAGCAAAGUCUUAUCAAAUAGGCAGAGAGUGGAGCGAAAGGUUAAGGAAAGAAUUUCAGGCAUAAUCUCAAUUAGAAGAUAUAGUUGGUAUCGCCUAGACUCCGUAUCUCAGAAAUUUAGACGAUGAGGUUCAGUAUGCCAAAAAUGAGAUUGGAUUCUUGAAGGUCAUCGUGAAACCCAUUUAUGAAUCCUUGAAUCAGUUCUCUGAUGGAGCAAUGUCAUUAUAAUUAGCUAACAUUAAUCUAAGCAUUAAAAAAUAUUCAGAAAUCGUUGAUUCACAUUAAUAAUAAUGA